AUGAGUUUUUAUCUUAAUACUGAUGGUGCUGUUCACUUUGUGUCUGGUUUCUCUGCUGCGGGUGGAGUAAUACACAAUGGCAAAGGAAAGUGGAUCUUAGGAUAUAAUCGCUCUUUGGGGAAAUGUUCAGUAGCGGUUGCUGAGUUCUCUAUCUACAAAAGCAAGCUUGAUGGCCCAAAAAGCUCUCUAAUAAUGAGGAUUCAACAAAUUCUAACAUUUGAAGAGAAGUGGUCCUUGAAUUAUGUUCCAAGAGAGUCUAAUCGGGUAGCAGAUGCUUUGGCAAAAAUGGCUUUGAUGAGGGAUGAAGCUUUGCACAUGUUUGAGGAACCCCCUUCGGAGAUUAAAGAGAUAUUGAAGGAAGAUUGCACUUUUGAUAAUUUGUCUAUGAUCUACCCUAUGUAA